AUGUCUAAUGUUACCCAAUCAGCCCUGAGACAGGCAACUCGCGCCUACGCUCGUCGACUGCCAUCGAUGCAGCAUGGCUCCUUCACUUCCGCCCUACCCAGACGGGUGCUCGCCACUCCAUCCAGACGGUUCUAUGUCUCCGAAACCAAAGCUGGAAAUGCUCAGGUUUCGGUAGAUACCGCCAUCAAGCAGGAGCAGAAGGAUUUCAUGAAACAAACUGGGGUGCAGUCGCAGAAGGUGGAGCUCCCUAGCCACUGUCAUGGAUCAAGGAGCGCGACCGAUAUAUCUCGAUAUGCAAGCAACAACUCCAACGGUCCCCGUGUCCUAGACGCCAUGCUCCCAUUUUUGACCGGAAUUUACGGCAACCCUCACUCGAGAACCCAUGCAUACGGUUGGGAGUCGGAAAAGGCGGUCGAGCAAUCCCGAGAGCAUAUCGCCAAGCUGAUCGGCGCGGACUCAAAAGAGAUCAUCUUCACUAGCGGUGCUACCGAGAGUAACAACAUGAGCAUUAAGGGUGUGGCGAGGUUUUUCGGGCGCUCCGGCAAAAAGAACCACAUUAUCACAACGCAGACCGAGCACAAGUGUGUUCUUGACAGCUGUCGGCAUCUUCAGGAUGAGGGCUACGAAGUUACUUAUCUCCCCGUGCAGAACAACGGUCUGAUUCGAAUGGAAGAUCUCGAGGCGGCCAUUCGCCCUGAAACGGCCCUGGUCAGCAUCAUGGCCGUCAACAAUGAGAUCGGUGUCAUCCAGCCCCUGGAACAGAUUGGAAAGCUGUGCCGCUCCAAGAAGAUUUUCUUCCACACGGAUGCUGCACAAGCUGUGGGAAAGAUCCCGUUGGAUGUGAAUAAGUUGAAUAUUGAUUUGAUGUCUAUUUCGAGCCACAAAAUUUACGGCCCCAAGGGUAUUGGGGCUUGCUAUGUCAGACGUCGUCCCAGGGUCCGUCUUGAUCCCCUCAUUACUGGAGGUGGGCAGGAGCGAGGCCUGCGCAGUGGUACUCUUGCUCCUCAUCAGGUGGUUGGGUUCGGUGAGGCCUGCCGUCUCGCCGCCCAGGACAUGGAGUAUGAUACUAAGCACAUUGAUCGUUUGUCGAAGCGCCUGACCGACAGCCUCCUAUCCAUGGAACACACACACCUUAACGGAGAUCCUGAACAUCACUACCCAGGAUGUGUCAAUAUUUCCUUUGCCUACAUCGAAGGAGAAUCUCUUCUGAUGGCUUUGAAAGACAUUGCUCUGUCAUCGGGUAGUGCCUGUACCUCUGCGUCAUUGGAGCCCAGCUACGUCCUUCGUGCCUUGGGUAGCAGUGACGAGAGCGCCCAUAGCAGUAUCCGCUUUGGAAUUGGACGAUUCACUACGGAUAGCGAAAUCGACUACGUACUCAAGGCGGUACAGGAUCGCGUUCAUUUCCUACGCGAGCUGAGCCCCCUGUGGGAGCUGGUGCAGGAAGGUAUAGAUCUGAACACGAUCGAAUGGAGUCAACAUUAA